AUGAGCAAUCGGGUCGACCGCCCAGAACCCGAGGUCGUUGGCGCAGGAGACGCUCCCAACGGCGACAACUUUGGCGCAUUGCCAGCCUCAGGCCCCAGCGAUCUCGAUGUCAGGGGCACGCUCCUGCUCGCCAUCCAGCAUGCCUCGUCCUCCUGGGGCUACCGCUCCGCCGAGUUUGCCUACCCUUUGAUGAUGGUCCAGCUCUUCACCAACACCCUGCUGCCUGCUUCAAUCUACGGCUUUGUCACCACCGCAGGUGCCAUACUCUUCUCCAACAACGUUGGCAGGCUCAUCGACACCUACGCGCACACCAAGCUGCGCACGCUUCGCGCCAUGAUCCUGUCACAAAAGCUGCUCGUGGGCGCCUCGUAUGGCCUCUUUCUGAUCCUAUUCUCGUCGACAUCGCUGCGAAUAGAGGCAGAGAACGGCGGAAAGGGUCCACAGAUUGCAAGAACAAAUGCGAGACCAUGGACUAUCUUUGGUGCCAUCACGCUGUUGGGGAUCGGCGUCAUACUGUCCAAUGUCGGCGUCAGCGUAGGCGUAGAGAGAGAGUGGGUCACCAUCAUCAGCGAUGGCUCGUCGGCAAGGUUGACGCGGCUGAAUGCGAUCAUGCGCAGGAUCGAUCUGAUCUCGAAACUCGUCAGUCCGCUGUUCGUGUCGGCGUUGACAUCGACGAUCAGCUAUCAGCUGGCUGCGGUGGUAUUACUCUCCGUCAAUGCGAUCACGGGCAUCUUCGAGCUCGUCUUUGUGGGUGUUGUCUAUCGUCGCUUUCCAUCGCUGGCAGCGGACGAGAAGGGCGCACUGGAGAGAAGACGAGUAGCAAUCGAAGCCAAGUCAAAUCAGGACGCGACAGAGCAGCAGUCUGGCCAGGCAAACUCCCGCCUCCAUCGAAUCAUAACGAGGACAACCGAGUCCAUCGCCAACGAUGUCCGACAACAGUAUCGCGACUGGGCGCUCUUCGUGCGCCUCCCAGUCUUUCUUACCUCCAUGUGCAUCUCACUGCUCUACAUGUCGGUGCUCUCCUUCGACCCGACGUUCAUCGCCUACCUCAAAUCCGAGACGCUGUACAGCGAUGCGUUUAUCGCUGGCAUGCGGGCCGUCGGUGUCGUGACCGGCCUCAUCGGGACCUUCGUCAUGCCCUACAUGGAGAGGAAGGUCGGCUUGGUCCGCACUGGCUCCUAUUCGCUAUUCGCAGAGCUGUUUCCACUGAUCCCCGCCGUGGUGUCGCUGUGGAUCACCGGCUCGCCACGCGACCGCUUCGGCCUGUCCAACAAACAACGUCCCUCCUGGAACACGGACCUACUCUUUUCUGGCUUAGCACUGUCUCGCAUCGGACUUUGGGCUUUCGACCUCUCGCAGUUGGCCAUGAUCCAAACGGCCCUCUCACCCGAGCAACUUGGACCCGAUGCGAGCCGCAAAAACGCCCUCAUGGCGCUGCAGUUCUCGCUGCAAAACGUGUUCGAUUUGGGCCACUACGGUCUGACGCUCGGCUGGAACCGUCCGCAGGAGUUCAAGUACGCGGCCACGGUCUCGCUCGCAGCUGUGGCAGCGGCGACAUUCAUCUACGUCGUCUUCUACGCUCGGCGAGUUCGCGGUCACAUUGUUCACCUCGAAGGAUUGCAGCGUUUGCUCAGUCGCAAGGAGCGCUAG